CAUGAAUUUAUUCAUAAAGAUAAUUAGCUCGACAAGCUAUUGGGAACUGUUACAUUGGCAAGAAACUUAUACAUCCACUUUGCAAUUGAGCAUGUCCAUGGUCAUCACAGAAAUGUUGCUAAUCCCAAAGAUCCAGCAACUUCAUUGAAA